AUGAAUGGCGAUAUUCAAUUUGACAAUAUCGACUUUGCUUAUCCAACUCGACCUAAUGUCUUAGUCCUACGAAAUCUCACACUGACGGCUCGUGCAGGUGAAAUAACAGCUUUAGUUGGUUCCAGUGGCUCUGGCAAGAGCACAUGUAUUUCACUUCUACUUCGUUUUUAUGAACCUUCAUCGGGCCGCAUUACAAUCCAUGAUCGAUCGAUCACCAACUGCAGUUUCAAACAACUACGACAAAAGAUUGGUGUGAUUCUCUUUGCCACGAGUAUUUAUGAAAAUAUUCGCUUUGGUAAGGAAAAUGCAACAAGAAUCGAGAUUGAAGAAGCAGCACAUCAAGCCAACGCACACGAUUUCAUUAUGAAAUUACCAAAUAAAUAUGACACCGUCGUAGGUGAACGUGGUGUUCAAUUGAGUGGCGGUGAAAAGCAAUGUGUGGCUUUGGCUCGUGCUCUUGUCAAACGACCAGCCUUACUCUUGUUGGACGAACCAACAAGUGCUCUUGAUAAUGCCAAUGAAAAGAUCGUCCAAGAAGCACUUGAUCGAGCUUGUAAAGAAGUAGCUUUCUUUGAUCGUCUUGAAAAUAGUUCUGGAGCUAUCUGUCAUCGUCUUUCAUCUGAUGCAUUGGCAAUUCAGCAGAUGACUGGUGCUCGUCUAGGUAUCGUUUGUGAAUCAAUUGCGACGUUUGGAAUUGGUGUUGUUCUCGGAUUUUUGGUCAGUUGGCAAUUGACUUUAAUCGUACUCUUCUAUGUUAUCUCCUUAUUUGUUCUUGCUUUCAUCCAAAUACGUUGGCAAGCACGAUUGAACAAACGUUCUGAUUGUAUUCUUGAAUUAGCAAGUUCGGUAAGGCCAACAUUUCGAUUACAAUGUCAUGUACAUUGA